UCUCUAGAACACACACGCUCUCUCUAUCCUCCCCUCUGCUCAAUUCGCACCCUUUUCUCUCGCUCUCUCUCUCUCGCCCCCUAUUAUCACUUACAACAAUAUAUCACUCAAAUAACAAAUCCCUCUCUCCAAUUUACCCGCCAAAAAGGUCGCCCCCCGUGGAACGAUCGUGCAUGGGAUUUUCUCCUUAGGAAAUGGAUUCUGCGGGUAAUGAUGAGUCUGUAGACGGUAUGAAUCCUCAAGCGGAGUGUGAGACUGCUGCGGUUGGCGAGAAGAGGCCGGUUGAGAACGGGGAGACUGAAGAAUUAGGUGUUAGAUCAACCAAAAAGGCGAAUUGUGGGGCCGGAGAGAUGCAGAGAGUGGCGGAGAUAGUGUUGGUGUUGUCGACCAUGGCGGGGAUGAGAGGAGGGAAGAGUCCGACGGAAGCGGAGGUAAAUUUGAUGGCGGAGGCUAGGGCAAAAUUGGUAGAGAUUUGUCAGGAUUUGGCGCCAAAGGAUUUAGUAGCGAGGGAUGCAAUUGGGACAGUUAUUGAGGAUCUAGGGCUCAAUUGGAAGCUCAAAGAUCAACGAUUAGGGUUUCGGGGCACUAGGUUGUCUAUUAAAGAGAAGAUCUCUCUUUCAAAGAAGAAGAUGGAAGAAUCCAAGAAAUUUACUGCACCUUCUGGUACAUAUUCAUCUCAAAUGUCACAGCCAAAUUUUGGUGCAAUGGGUGAUAUUCGUGGGCCAUCCAAUUCUAUUCGCAUGUUUUCAUCAGAUAAACCAAGUAAUACAAGUAUACCUUCUGGAGGCCUUCCAACUUCAGCAACUCUAGGGCAUGUCUCAGCAGCAACUUCUACACCUGUAGCAAAUCAGUUGCUCCCCACUGAAGUGAGAGCAUCUACAGUAUCGACUGGGUUACCCAACAGUCACCCAGGAAGGGAUUCAUCUGCAUUAGCAGGUCCCAGAGUUGAAAAAUCUCACUUUAAAUCAGAGGGACCAAAUGGGACUUCUUAUGCACCGCAUAUACAAGCAAAUGCUUCUGCAAAUCAGCCACUGUUGAAUGCUACAACUUGGUCUUUACAAUCUCAUUCUAUGUCCUCAGCCAAAGCUACACCAGAAAGCAAUGUAUUAAAUCAUAACUCUGCUAAAGCUGAGGGAAAUACUGAUUUGGGUUUGUCACGGGCUGCUUCUCAAGCUGCAAGAGAUCAAGCAUUCAGACCAUUUAUUCCUCAAAGUACAGCUGCAAAUUUGCCUGGUGUACAUCAACCUGUGCAAGGUGUGAAGGUUGUCCAAACCUCAUCAUUUUUCAAUAACCACAAUGAAAUUGCUAAAAUUAUUCAGAAGCUGCUGCAACCAAAACUUCCUGAACAUCCCACGUGGACUCCACCUUCUAGGGAAUAUAUGAAUAAGCCUUUGACUUGCCAGAUGUGCAAAGUCACUGUCAAUGAGGUGGAAACCAUAGUCCUUUGUGAUGCUUGUGAGAAAGGAUUUCACUUAAAAUGUCUAGAAUCAGUGAAUCAGAAAGGAAUACCUAGAGGUGGUGAGUGGCACUGCUUGAGGUGCCUAGCAUUAAGCAAUGGAAAGCCUUUGCCACCUAAAUAUGGCCGUGUGAUGAGAAGCAUUACUCCACCAAAAGGACCUUCUAAUCCAGCUGGAGCUCAGCCUUCGUCAGAGAAGAAAAAUGGAAUUGUAGAUCAAAAGUUCAAUCAAGAAAAGUUAAUGGCAAAUGGAAGCUCUGGUUUACAAAGUUCUGCAGGAUCUGGUACUGUGAUUGGUAACCAUUCUGAGCCCGCAUCUGAUUCAAUAGCACCCAAUGCAAGGGAAAUUACAGGGAAUAGUUUCACGUCAAGGAUGAAAAAUGUGGAUCAGGCAAUACGUGCUGCAAAUUUGCCAAAUAACUCAGCAAAUUCUUUAGGUGUUGUCUCUGAUUCUCCUUCCAUUGGCUUAUCAAAUGAAGGAUCUAUUCAACCAGCUAAAGUAUCUGAAUCACACAUACAGGAAGAGGGAUCAGUUUCUGAAUCAAAAUUGCAGCCUCCUGCUACAUUACCUGAGACUAUUAGUAACAAAUUUGAAAAUUCCAAACCCGCUAAUAGCUUACAAGAUAUUGACCGAACGGCACCAUCAAACACUGGUGAAGUUCCUUUGAAGACUAGUCAGGACCAUUCUAUGGUUGAAGACUCAGAGAGUAUAAGAGGACUUAGUGAUUGUACUCCAAGAUUUGAUGUGAAGCAAAGUGACCAAGAUGUCACCCAUGCAAAUCCUAUUGGAAGUUCUGAACGUAAUAAUGACAGUCAAAAGCACUCUGGGAUGUCUUUUGAUGGUGUUCACAAUAUUGAAUGGAUUGGGAAUGUACUUAAAGUUUCAGAUGGAAAAAAAUUCUAUGAGUCUUGUCUUGUUGAUGGAGUAACAUAUAAAGUGCAGGAUCAUGCCCUUUUUCGUUCUAGCCAUGAGAAAUUGAUACCUUCUAAACUUCAGGCAAUGUGGGAGGACAUCAAAACAGGAUCAAAGUGGGUUAUUGUGAAUAGAUGCUACUUUCCAGGUGACCUGCCUAAGGCUGUGGGCCACCCAUGUGCCCCUGAAAGCAAUGAGGUAUAUGAAUCUAAUCACCAGAGCAGUGUAAUGGCUGGCUUGAUUCAAGGUCCGUGUGCAGUUCUUCCUCCUACCAAGUUUCAAGAGAACUGUGAAAGACAGAGUCAGUUAGAAACUGAGGCUAAUAGUGGAUUACAGCCAGUUUUUAUAUGCAAAUGGUUUUAUGAUGAAGCCAAAGGAAGUUUUCAACCUGUUUUUGGUUAGUCAUUCAUGCACAUAUUUUGUGAGGCGAUGAAGUCUUCUUAGUAAUGCAUCAUGAUGGUGCUCCCUUUGAUCAGAACAGGUAAUCUAUAUCAAAUGGGGCCUUCAGAAAAUUGACGAGAGAGUUUUAAUACUCAUGUCUUGUGUAAUAUGUAGCUGUAGUUCAACUUUGUAUUAUCUCCUCUACUCUAGUUUAUCAAAAUUUUUAGUGUAGCAUGAAAUAUUGCCUAGUAAAUUGUAGAAUUAGUGUUCUAUUUUGUUCUCUCAAUUCCCCUCCUCCCUUGAAUUAGUUUUAGAUAAUUUGUUGUGUAACUAUGACCACUCAUACCAUUUGAAUUUUCUAGGAUAUCAUAAAUGACAUAAGGAGAUUUGAAGUGUUUA